AUGAAGUUCCUGGCAAUCUGCAUUUUUCUGAUCUUCGCCCUGGUGGCCGUCCAGGCCUAUCCUGGUGGAGGUGGCGGUGGGGCCAGUGCCGUGGCAAAUGCCAACGCCCAGGCCACCAGCUAUGGAGGUCCAGCUUCCGCCUCUGCCGAAGCAAAUGCUGUCGCUAACGCCUCCGGCGGAGGAGGAGGCGGCGGCCGUGGAGGUCAUGGAGGCCAUGGACGAGGAUAAUUCCAAAGUGAAAUCACAAGUGGACUGUCCAACAGAGAUCACGCCCACAGACGGGCCUUCUUUCUUUGAGAUAUACCGAUACCGAUUUAGAUAUUAAAAUGCAAAGAUUUGUUUUCGGAAA